CGUAUCGGAAAUGAAUUCCGGAAAAUUCUUCCAGUCAUCCCAAAGGGAAGUAGACAAGACAUUGUUUUUGCAACAAUCAACUCAUCUUAUUUAUGGAAUUAUUGUGAGGUCUUUAAACUGACACGUAACAUGAGGCUUCAAGCAGGAAGGUCAGAGUCUAGCAAUCAUGACAUAAAGGAAUUCUCAGAGUGGAUAUUAAAGAUCGGAGAUGGUAAGGUGGGAGAGCCAAAUGAUGGUGAAGGAACUAUAGUAAUCCCUGAUGAAAAUCUCAUAAAGGAAGUAGAAAAUCCAGUUGAAGCUAUUGUAGAAAGUACUUACCCUUCCAUUCUACAUAAUUUAUGGGAUCCAAAAUACUUUCAAGAAAGAGCAAUUCUAGCCCCAACCCAUGAUAAUGUACAAAUUAUCAAUGACUACUUGCUAUCUUUAAUACCAGGUGAAGUAAAAAUCUACCUGAGUUCUGACAGCAUAUGUAAGACAGAUGCAAACAUGGGAAUCGAGGAUCUCUACCCACUUGAGUUCCUAAAUACCAUUAGAUGCUAUGGGGUACCAAAUCACAUUAUCAAAUUGAAGGUUGGUGUUCCCGUCAUGCUUCUUAGAAAUAUAGAUCAGUCUUCUAGCUUAUGCAAUGGUACCAGAUUGGUGAUCACCCAACUUGGAAACCAUGUUGUUGAAGCUAAAAUAAUUUCUGGUAGCAAUAUAGGGCUUAAGGUCUACAUUCCUCGAAUGACCUUAACCCCCUCAGAUCCAACCAGUUUACCAAUCAAGCUUCAACGACGACAAUUUCCAUUGGUCGUAUGUUUUGCUAUGACAAUAAAUAAAAGCCAAGGCCAGUCACUUACACAUGUUGGUUUGUACCUUCCAAAACCGGUUUUCAGUCAUGGUCAACUCUAUGUUGCAAUCUCCAGGGUGACAAGGAAGGAAGGGCUGAAAAUUCUAAUAUGUGAUGAAGCUAAUGAACUUUCUGAUACUACAAACAAUGUAGUAUACAAAGAGGUCUUUCAAAACUUGCCAUGA